CUGAGUGGAAGGGGGUUCACACAGCACAGCUGAGAUGUGGGGGGCUCCCAGCGGCGUCAUGCAGAGGCGAUCAUUGUCUCUCUCACACUUUCUAACUAGCCAUUUCACAACAUCCAGACAGCGGAUCGGGCCGUACGCAGCGGCAGCAGCAGCUUUGCCCUCAGGGCUUAUUUUUUUCCCCCCCUCAACUACGCCGUCGACCAUAACUAACAAUCCGGAUUCACCGCGCGGAUGAGGGCAAUUACUGGACUUGAUCUAUCAUAAUGUCUCCUUUCCGAUCGACUUGAUAAUCAAAUGAGUUAAGCAAUGGCUGAAGAGAUCUGAGUCCUCACUCCUCUCCUCCUCCUCCUCCUUCUUCUUCUCCUUCCCUUCGGCUGUUUAAAUGAAUCCAAACUUAAAAAAAUAAAGGGCACUUUGAUUUCACUCAGAUCGGAGGACAUCAUGCACGCAUCGGCGGAUUUUACGCUCAGAAAGCGGCUGAGUGGGUUUGAUUUGGGGAUUACUGUGACAACACGGGACGAGUUGUUUUAAAGAAGAAGAAGAAGAGAAAGAAGAAGAAGAAGAAGAAGAAGAAGAAGGGGGGAGAUAUUUUUUAGGCUUCCCUCUUUGCUCCUGUUCGCUGUCCUCCUCCUCCUCCUCCUCCACCACCUCCUCCUCCGGGUUCCUGCAGAACUCCAGAGUCGCGGAGAGCUCGAUGCAGUCGCCAAGGGAGAGGAGCGAAGUGCGACCCCGAGCUGGAUGGAUGGUUAUGGGGAAAAGAGGAAGACCCUCGGCGCUUGAUGUGUGCAGAGUCCUCGCCGUGUUUCUCUCACUCUUCCCCGCCGUGAGUCUGCAGUGCAAGAUCCUCAAGUGUAACUCAGAAUUUUGGGCCUCCACUUCGAACUCUGGACCGGAGGAGGAGUUUUGCACGGCGCUGCGAGCGUACAACAGCUGUGUACGUCGGACAGCUCGUACCUGCAGGGGUGACUUGGCGUACCACUCCGCCCAGCAUGGCAUAGAGGAUCUAAUGAGCCAACACAACUGCUCCAAGGAGGGGCCGACAUCCCAACCACGUGCCCGUACCCCUCUUCCUCCUCCACCACCACCACCUCCAGACAGCCAGGAGCGCUCCGAUGGCCCAGAAGUGUGCCACUAUGAGCGCAGUCUUCCACGCAACACGGCACCGCCGAACUACACCCACUGUGGCUUCUUUGGGGACCCGCACCUCCGAACCUUUGGUGACGAUUUUCAGACGUGUAAAGUGGAAGGAGCCUGGCCACUCAUCCACAACAAAUACCUGUCUGUCCAGGUGACCAACACCCCUGUAGUGCCGGGUUCUUUGGCCACCGCCACAAGCAAGCUGACAAUCAUCUUUAAGAAUUUCCAGGAAUGCGUGGACCAGAAGAUGUACCACGCAGAGACGGACGAGCUGCCAGCUGCAUUCGCAGACGGCUCCAAGAAUGGAGGGGAUCGGCACGGAGCGAACACUCUGCGCGUGGUGGAGAAGGUUCCUGGGCAGCAUGUGGAGAUUCAGGCCAGGUACAUUGGAACAACCAUAGUGGUCCGGCAGGUGGGCCGCUACCUGACCUUUGCCGUGCGGAUGCCGGAGGAAGUUGUGAACUCGGUGGAGGAAGGUGACAACCAGGACUUGUACCUGUGUCUUCACGGCUGUCCUGCCAACCAGCUCAUCGACUUCAGGAACUUCAGGGCUCGAGCGGCUGAGGCCCAAACCGUAGGCAGGACCAGGAGCGGCACCGGGGCGCAAGAAUUCACCUACCAGUCUGCCAAGGCCAAGUGUAAAGAGCGGCUCCCGGUGGAGGACCUGUACUUUCAUUCCUGCGUGUUUGAUCUCCUCUCCUCCGGAGAUAUAAACUUCACCAUGGCAGCCUACUACGCCUUUGAGGAUGUAAAAAUGCUCCACUCAAACAGCAAGAGAUACCACAUCUUUGAAGAGGAAGCUUUUAUGAGCAACGCAGCACAGAGGGGCAAAGAUUUACUUUCACUCUUCUUCCUCAACCUCCUGGCUGUGUUAUUGUGGAUUGAGUGUUGCACAGUUCAUCUAUAGUCCUGUUACAAGAGUAUCCUCAUGUUGUAUCUGUCAAUGAGUGUUAGAGUACCAUCGCUGUGUCGUACUUUGGCUGCUGUCUUCUGCUCUGGUUCUGUGAUGUGACCGGUGGCUUGCCUGUUGGGUCAUCCCAGCCUUGAGUCUCAUUUUAGUUGUGUUGUCAUUCAGUGUAAUGACAAGGCAAGUAUCACCAUGCUCCCACCUCUCAUCACGUGUAUUUAGCUGGUUCAUAGGACUGGUCUUUGAAGAGAGCAGCGGUGAGAGAGCCCAGCCACUCCAGAGGUCAGGAUAUCCACCUGGGAUUAAAUCCUGCAUUCUCACCGGGGCUGCAUGCCUAUGGGAAGCCGGACAAGAUGAUCUUUUGCAGAAAGAGGAGUUUGCUGAUCCUCCCUCCCCCUGAUCCCCUCAUUGGUGCCAAGCCAGUGAAGCUCUCUGUGGCUCAUGUGGCGAAGCGAGAGGACCUGACAGGGGCUUUUGUUAACCUAAGGCCAGAAGCAGCUCUAUGUUUGAUUAGUUUCCAGCUUUGGAAAAGCUUGAGCCUUUUUGGAGGAAGCACUCAGCCAAAAGGAUGUCAGAGCAGCGUCUCCAGUUGUCUGCUGUGGAGAUUAAUGGGUCAUAUUGUUAGGUUAUGUAUGUGUGUGUGUGUGCGUGUGUGCGUACAUUAGUACAAUAUGUGUGCAGAAUUCAGCGUCUGUGGUUAAUUUCGUGUGUUUGUGGGUGCAGGAGUUCCCAGAAAUGAGAUAACAAGCCUCCAGUGGGAGAAAUCCUUCCCAUGUUUUUAUGUUGCACCCAAAAUUUCACAAACAGAAACGUCGAUGUGCUCCACGGUCUGUUAAAACGGACUCUUUACAAGCCAAGUAGCAACUCCUGAAAGGGAUUUGAUAAAAAUAAAAUAAUCUCUCUUCAUCUGUACCUUAUUUUCAGUGUCAUCCAGCCUCCAUUGUUGAUCAGACAGUGUUUGUAUUUUUUAAAUCUGUAAUGUGAAUGUAGCUACCAGGAAAAGCAAAAGAACAACCUUUAGUUAAGGGCACUCAGAGUGUUUACAGAAUAUAGAUCGAUCCUCGACACCUCUUUGAUGGCAUUUUGUGAAUUGAACCCUCCAUUUCAAGUCUCAGUGGUGUAGUUACUGUUAGUACUAGCUGUAAAGACGUCACCUCUAGUCGGUUUAGCAUUUUAUAGACUACCAGUGUGCUGACCUGACUGUGGCUUAGCGCGUAAAUGAUAAGCAUAUGUCUGUAGACGUGAUUUCAUGGCUUAAGUCAUUGCCAAAGAACAAGCCCUCGUGCCAACAUUUCCCCAGCAACUGAAAUUUUCAUCUUUCAGUCUUGAACAGUUGACAUUAGGGGGAUUCUUAAAUUGUAUAUAACUUGUGUUUGUGGGUGAUUUUGCGGUUUGCAGAUAAAUUACAGCGACACACACACACACA